GGAGGAAUGGCGCCGAAGAAUUUGGAACGGUGAAGCUUGGAGCUGAAGAUGGGAGAGUAGGGAGAGUGGGUGGUGUUGAGGGGAGCAUUCUGCAAGAACACGCUGGAAAGAGUUGCCCUCGUCCACACAAAAGACAAAAGUUUGAACAAGGACUCGCCGGAUCAGGUCUUGGCUGCCGCUAGAGGCCUCGCACAGCAGUCGAAUCACACAGGAACCAUCUGCGCGGGAGUGUUAUGUCGCCAUGGUGCCGGAGAGGUCCCGAAGCAGGGAACAAUUCUCCGGGGGAAAAACACAGCCCAGUCAUUCAAGAUCCACAGUGCUGCCGAAAUGUGGUUUUACCGCCGUUUUGCUGAGAACAGGCCGGAUAGAAAAACGUACAAAUGAAAGUGUGCUGCAGCAGCUUGGAACAAAUGUGAGCCUUCUGUCGACCGGGCAGACGAAAACUUAAAAUAUUUCGGCCGUGCCGUGCGUCAUAAGACCUGCAGCGUUAUGAAAAAUAUGCUGCAGGGCAAAAGGCGACGAGGCAGACCAGCAGUCUCGUACACGGACAACAUGUCAAACUGGACCAGCGUGGGUAAAACGGAAGGAGAGAGACGGCAAUGGCGGACAGUUGUUGAGCAUGUGUUUCGGCGGCCAACAUCAUGGCUGAUGAUGCGGACCGCGCCGGCCCAAAAGGAGACAACAUCUAUGAGUGGAGGUCCACCAUCUUGGGACCCCCGGGCUCUGUUUAUGAGGGAGGGGUCUUUUUCCUGGACAUCGCCUUCACGCCGGACUACCCCUUCAAGCCACCCAAGGUGACCUUCCGUACGAGGAUCUACCACUGCAACAUCAACAGCCAGGGGGUGAUCUGCCUGGACAUCCUGAAGGACAACUGGAGCCCCGCCCUCACCAUUUCCAAAGUCCUGCUCUCCAUCUGCUCCCUGCUCACCGACUGCAACCCUGCUGACCCCCUGGUUGGAAGCAUUGCUACACAGUACACGGCCAACAGACCGGAGCACGACAGGAUAGCCAAACAGUGGACCCAACGUUACGCCACAUAAUCCCCCGGCGCUGAGAUUUCACCUCGAGCGGCGCCGUUUGGUGGAAGACUCUGGGAUCUGGGGUGAGGGUCGGGGGAUGGGCGGUGAGUGGUGGGGCCAGGGUUCAGAAUGGAGGGAUUACCAUGUUCGGUGGAGAAAGGGUUGGGGUUUUUAUCUCUGGAACUUAAGUCUUAACUCCUUUAAAAAUUUGUUUUUUUAAUGUAUUUUAAGUUAUUUUGGCCCAGAUACACCAACUCUGGCAUUUGUUAUUCUUCCUUGCAGCUUGUGCUUGAUGAUAAAAGUGACGGCACACUGAACACACUGUGAGGUAACAGGUGUCGCAGCAUGACUCCCGGUUCAGUGUGUCAGUGUAAAUGUUCCUGUGUUACACUUUCCUGCACCCUGUCACAUGAAACGUUGUUGGAGACACGGGUUGUGGUUUGUAUCAUGUACCGACGAAAAGCUGUUCGGUGUGUUUCCCCUACGAAUUAAACUUUACCAGCUGAAGCACCAAACUGACACUGGGCGUCUGUACUGCCACCGU